CGAUGAGCUUAGACAUCGGCAGACGCAUGCUAUCGAUAACAGUCUUGUUUAUUAAUGAAUUAAUUAAUUAGUCCAAGUUAACUAAAAAAAGACGAGAAGCAGCGAAAUCAGCGUAGUCAGCGUGACCAAGUGAAGUACCCCAAGCGAAAAGAGGCAGCGCCAGAGUGCAAGAGUGCAAGAGCAAGACGCAGUCGAAGGCCAGGCCACAAGGCGCAGCAACGCAACAAAGACGCAAGCGAAGAAGAAAAGCAUGAGCUGAGGCUGUCGUCGCCAGCAAGCAAGGGAAACACGCGGACAAUAAGAGUAGGAGCAGGAGCAGGAGUAGGACAGGAGUGGGAGCAGGAGCAGCAAAGGAGCACCAACCCAGCGGAGCACCCGAACCGCAGCAGCGGCACCACCACCAUGAGCACGGUGUUCAUAAACUCGCGCAAGAGCCCCAACGUGCUGAAAAAACAGGGCACCGACCAGUGGGUCAAGCUGAACGUGGGCGGCACCUACUUCCUCACCACCAAGACGACGCUCUCCCGUGACCCAAAUUCGUUCCUCUCCCGUCUGAUUCAGGAGGACUGCGACUUGAUAUCGGAUCGGGAUGAGACAGGAGCCUACCUGAUCGACAGAGACCCCAAAUAUUUUGCACCCGUGCUCAAUUACCUGCGCCACGGCAAGCUUGUGCUCGAUGGAGUUUCCGAGGAAGGCGUCCUGGAGGAGGCAGAGUUCUACAACGUGACGCAGCUGAUAGCGCUGCUGAAGGAGUGCAUCCUGCACAGGGAUCAGCGACCCCAAGCGGACAAAAAACGCGUUUAUCGUGUGCUGCAAUGCCGUGAGCAGGAACUAACCCAGAUGAUCUCAACGCUGUCGGAUGGCUGGAGGUUCGAGCAGCUCAUCAGCAUGCAGUACACGAACUACGGUCCCUUCGAAAACAAUGAGUUCCUGUGCGUGGUCUCCAAAGAGUGUGGCACAACGGCCGGGCGGGAGUUGGAGCUCAACGACCGGGCCAAGGUCCUGCAACAGAAGGGAUCGCGAAUUCUUGGAAUUUAAUCGCGCUAUAUAUUCACACACAACCCUUGAAAAUUGAAAUACCGAACUUCAUCAACAUACAACUCAUUCCCAAUCAGUAACACAAUCAGCCACACCGACCCAACACCAAUUUG